AACUCUUGAUUGUCUGGAACUUACAAAGAAGAUUUGAGAAACCAAACAGAGAGAGACAAGGGGGUAGUUGACAAUGGGAACAUCUACACAAGCAUACGGCGAGCCAUGGUACUGGGACAAUAGAUAUUCCAGUGAAUCAGGACCGUUUGAUUGGUACCAAAAGUAUCCUUCCUUGGCUCCUCUCAUCAACCUCUACAUCCCUCGUCAUGUCCAUCCUCGAAUCCUCGUCGUUGGUUGUGGCAACUCAGCAUUUAGUGAAGGGAUGGUGAGUGAUGGAUAUGAAGAUGUGGUUAACAUUGAUAUAUCGUCUGUGGUAAUUGAGGCCAUGAAAAGGAAGUAUAGCAAUCAUCCUCAAUUGAAAUAUAUUGGAAUGGAUGUACGAGAUAUGAGUGAAUUUCAAUCUGGUUCAUUUAAUGCUGUUAUUGAUAAAGGAACUUUGGACUCUAUCCUGUGUGGGAAUGAUUCACGAAAAAAUGCUCCCAAGAUGCUCAAGGAAGUUUCGAGGGUUCUCAAGGAUAAUGGAGUGUAUAUUCUGGUUACAUAUGGAGCUCCAUUGUAUCGCUUACAAUUAUUAAGGGACUCAUGUUCGUGGAGGAUAAAGCUCCAUGUUAUAGAUAAACUUUUGUCAGAUGAAGGCUCAGAACAUCCAGUUCAGGAGCUGACGAAUCCUGUACCUAUAGAUGACAAUGGGAGUUCGGUGGAAGCAGUACUUGGAAAGAAUCCCGAUGUUCACUACAUUUAUGUUUGUACUAAGGAUGAAUCUUUGACGCCCGAGCAAAAGCAUGAAGAGCUAGUUUAGCGGGAACUAGUAGAAUCUCCCACACCCUUUGCAUUGCUGUUCUUUUAUGCUACAUAUGGAAAUACUCGGACAUGUUUUGGUGAAACAACAACGGUUACCUGUGUUCUUUGUGUUAUGAUAGGCCAUCAUGUGAUAUUUUCUCCACUGGCACCAUGUUGUGAUUGUAAUUGAACUGUUUUUAGUUUGCGAUCACAAAGCAUGGAAGGGGUGAUGCCUAUAGCACUAUUAAUAUUUUGGAUUGUUUGCAUGCAUGGGAUUAUUUGUUGAAAUUGAUCAUUUUUGUAGUAAAUCUGCACUUUGCUUGGUCCA